UCUCAGUCGUUGCGGAGCCGAGCAGAGUCGAGAAGCACACGAAGCUCGAACGAACUUGCAGAAAUUGAAAUAAAGCCGUUAUUUUUCGUCCAGGAGUCCGUGUGUUUUGAUGUGCACCGGAGACUAUUCGACGGAAACCGGAACACAACAUCACGAACGAGUAAAGGAUACACACAGGGAUAAUAUGCGUGUGCAGUGAAAUCAAGUGAAAAGCCCAAAAAUGAAGUAACUCUUCAUCAGAAGGACAUCCAAGUUCAAAGUACCGUUAGCGGAAAAGCCAAAGACAGCGAAGAAAACCAGCGAUAACCAGCCGCCAGAGGCCGCCACUCCACAUCCGCUGGGAGUGUUGAGGAAUUUCUUUGAGGAAAAAAAAAAGGAAGAAAAGCAAAACAGUAGAGUGCGAGAGAGAGCCAGGGGGAGCGGAAGCGGAAGUGAGAGUGAGAGUGCGAGCGAGCAAGAUGGACAGCUCGCCGGACCUGUCGUUGAAACUGCGACGCGGGAGCAGCGAUUCCCGCGACAAUUUCUACAUGGACUUUGCUCAGGGCAUCGACUCCGACAUCGAGGAGGUGGACACCACAGCCGCUACAGCCACAGCGGAGGUGGUCCCUCCGCCGCCACCGCCACUGCCCACAAUCUCCCUUGCCGAGGAGGUGAUGCUCCUGGUGGCCCCGCCCCCGCCACCACCGUCACUGCUGGGCCAGCCCUUGCCCACACUGACGGAAACUGAUGACAUUCCGCCGACGCCCACUCCGCCGCCACAGCAGCAGUCGGCGGCCGAUGACGAGGACGACGAAGAAGACGAAGAGGACGAGGAGGACGAGCCGCCGAAGGAGGGAGCCGGUGUUGGCUCUCCGCCGGGAUCGCCCAUAAACUCAGUGUUGGAACUAGAGCUGAUACCGCCACCGCCGCUAUCGCCCAUGGAGGACGCCGGGCUCCGAACCGAUGACGAUGGCGAGGGUGAGGAAACUGACGACGCCGAGGAGGUGGUUGCCAUUCCACCGCCUCAGGAAAUCGACGCUGAGGAGGAGGAGGAGCAACCGCAAUCGGAACCGGCAAAGGAUUACCCCGAAGCCAAGGAAUCCCAGGACGAAGACGAGGAGGACGAUGGCCCUCCACCACCACUGCCACCUCUUCCGUCCAAUCUCUCCUACGUUCAGGGCAAUCUCGGCCAGGUGACGCCCCCUCUCACGAAGUCCCCCUCCACGUCGCCCUCACCGCCAGUGACUCCGCCUCCUUGUCCGGAGCUCAAAAUCAGCCGGAUGGUGUCGCCGCCAGCGCAGCACGUCAGCCAGAUACCGCCACUUACCCCCUCCUCGGAGAGCGAGGGCGAGGCUGAGUCCCAGCCGAACUCUCCGCCAAUCCACGCCAGAUUGGAUGCCGAGCAGCCGCCUCCCGAAAUGCUGGAGCAGGAUCAGGAACCGGAGCCAGAACCAGAGCCAGAGGCUGAGCCUGAACCGGAUCAGCUACCGGAGCCAGUGAGCGGAGCUCGCGAGGAUUACAGUCGCUCGCUGGACAACGAGGACGAGUCGACAACCAUCACCACGCCACCCAGCAACGGCUACUCGGCCUCCUCCAUCAUUGCUCCGCCUCCAGAGCACUUUGCUGAGCUGGACGAGGAUCGUGGCUUCAUUCCACCGCCGCCCCUGGAGCAGGAACUCGACGAGGAGGAGGAGGAGCUGACCAAGGUGGAGACAGACGAGCUCUCCAUUGACCGAGUCUCCCUUCCGGAACAUCCGGGCGACAGCAUCAGCUCUCCCCGGGCGGCCAGCAUCGCCAGCGGAGCCUUGGCCGGCUUGACCGGCUCCGUUUCCAUGUCAGCCGGGUCCGGCGGAUCCCCUACACCGGACAGUCGCGGCCCCAGUCGCAAUGGCAGCCAACGUUCCCAGGUCCCAGGCUCACGAAGUGGCUCCCAGGCCGGCUCUCGCAUCGGAUCCCGCACUGGAUCUGUCGUAUCCGGAACUGCUCCUGGCGUCCUGUCGCCGCAGGCCUCUUUGAAAUCUCAAACAUCUAUCCGGUCCCAGCUCCGCAGCCCGGCUGGCUCCAUCAAGUCUGGCUCGCAGCGCGUCCAGAGUCCCCCGGUCGGAGAGGGGGCCCCGGUGAUGCCCUCGCCCCCGUUGAUGCGGAGUCCGCCGCCGGAACUGGCUCGUCAGAUGCACAGUCCCCCCCGGGUCACUACGCCGCCGCGCGUCUGCAGUCCCCCGAUGGUGAGCAGCCCGCCGAAGCUGGCCGAGACAGCAGCCGCCGCCGCCGGAGUCUCCGUAGCCGGCGGAGUGAAGGAACAGAUCAGCAGUUCCAGCGCCGCCACAGCCACCGCCACCGCCCCCGGCAACGCAGAGCCGACAGAGCCGGAGCCCCCGGUGGCCACCGUUAGCUACCAGGACGAGCAGAAGCCACCGCCGCCGCAGCCGGUGACGGUCACCAGCCAGCCGAGGCCCAGCCAUCACCACUACCACUUGCCCCACCAGUUCCAGCAUCCGCACCACCAGAACCACCACACGCACCACAGUGUCCGGGUGCCCACGCCCACGGUGCCGAGCAGCUAUGCUCCACCACCGCCUCCGCCCUCGGACCCGGCCGGAAGUCCCGGUUACGGGCAACGGCGGCUGCUUAUCACCACCGCGGCGGCAGCAACAGCUUCCGGCUUGAGUGCAUCCUCAGCUGCUGCUGAGCCAGUGGUGGCCAUUUCCCCGGGCAGGGUCUCGGCCCGCUCCGGUUCCCAGCACCAUGUGACCAUCGACGAGUCCAGCUUGCCGCAUCGCAGCCAGAUCCAGGAGACUCCCGGACCCAGUGGCCUGAUAAUCGGCGGCGGGGACGGGGACGGCGACAGGGACAUCGGAGGUGGCGGCGGAGGAUCCUCCGACCCGCCGUCCUCGCCGGGCGGCAGCAGCUCCCAGCCGGCGAUGAGCAGCCAGGCGGACGGAGGGCAGCUGGCGCUGUACCACUCGCAUCAGCUCACCAACUACCCGGUGCUGCCCGCCAUCAAGCGCACCCACCGCCCCUCGUUCGUCUAUCCACCGAUGCCGAGGGUUAAGGCUGGCGAUGCCUUGGCUACGCUCUUCUCGGCCCUCUAUGGCAAGCUGCUGGUGGUGAUGGGCAUUGCUUUCCCCAUGGCAGAGGUCAUAUCCACCUACAUACCGCCCUCCUUCUACGAGGUCUACUAUUUGUACUUGUACAUUGGCAGUAUGAUCUUCCUGCUCUUCAUGUACGCCACUCUGCUCUGGGGAAGACCCAAGCUGCCAGUUCCGAUAGCCACUUCUCCGAACAAGUCCGCGACAAAGGCCAGUGGGACGGACAGCAUGGAUGAGUCGGACACGGACAGCAACUCCAUGCACCGGCGACUUCCGCCCAUCCCAGUGCGGCGACCAUCACUGCUCUCGCCCCUGGGCAGGCAGCACCACUACGGAAGCUUCUACUUGCGCAUGGGCGCCGUAGCUUUCGGCAUUGGAAGCAUGAUCUAUUCGGGCCUGGAGUUCGGACAGUACUUCGAACUGAAUCCGGACACCAAGUGCCACAACGUGCUGCUGGCCCUGACCCCGGCCACGCGGAUGGCCUUCAUCUUCAUCCAGAUGUACUUCAUCUUCCUGAACAACGAACAGAUCAAGGUCUACCGCUACAAGAUCAUCGCCCGCUUCGGCCUGAUGCACAUGAUCGGCACCAACCUGGCCGUCUGGCUGAACGUCCUCAUCCAGGAGACGAAGCACGAGAUACUGACCUUCUACAAUCCCGAGAAUCGCACCUUGAGGAUCUCGCACAGGAUACCGGGGCACUCGCGUGGCCAUGCCAUCAUCCCCCAGGAUCCGACGGCCCACUUGCGGGUGCCGCGUGGCCUGAAGGGUCCCUACCAGAUCUUCGAGUGCCGGCGGACGAACAUCAUCGGCACCCUGGUGCAGGAUGCUUCGCCGUUCCUGUUCCCGUGCACCAUUGAGUACUCCCUGAUCUGCGCCGCCAUUCUGUACGUGAUGUGGCGCAGCAUCUCCCGGCCGCAGAGCCCCACGCCCCAGCGCCCGGACAUGAUCAGCUCGCCGAUGAAGCGCUCGCCCCACCACUACUCCGUGGACUGCGCCCGCGCCCACAAGGGUCUCUUCGUGGGCAUCCUGAUCCUGGUGCUGACCAUCAUCUCGCUGAUCAUAUUCUUCGUGCUGAUCUCCCGCCCGGAGUUCGUGUCCAUGGCCGUCACGGAGGUGACCAUCUGCGAGCUGCUCAUCUACGGCACAGCCACCAUUGCGACCCUGCUGGGCAUGAUCCAGAUCCGGCACCUGCAGUACGACGCUUAUCGCAGCUUCUCCCUGGACGAUAUCCUGCUGGUGGGCGCCCAGACCGGCUCGUUCCUGUACAACAUCUUCACGGUGAUUGCCGGACACUUUACGCUGCGGAGCGACGACAUGCUGGUGCCGAUCAACGCCCUGGCCUCGAUCGUCCAGACCGCCUGCCAGACGAUGUUCAUACUGGACGCCAGCCGGCGGCAGGCAGUCAGUCCGGAGCACAUCCGCAAGAAGCCCGGCCGGGAGAUAGUCACGUUCAUGCUGGUGGUGAACCUGGCGAUGUGGGCGAUCAGCACCCUGGAGAAGUCGCGGGCGGAGUCGCACCCCAUCCAGCUGAACUUCUACGGGCUGUGGGCCUGGACGAUCAUCACGCACGUGUCCAUGCCGCUGGCCAUAUUCUAUCGGUUCCACUCGACGGUGUGCCUGUGCGAGAUCUGGAAGCGGGCCUACAAGCUCAAGCCGACGUACAUGUGAGAGUUCGCCCGCUCGCGCAUCCAGAGCAUUGCGCAGCAGCAGCAGUUCUGCGAGGACCUGAAGACGAACCUCUCCUACUGCUACUGCUCCACCACCUUGGCCGGGGGCGAGCUGGAGACGGUGGAGGAGGUGGACAGCGGUGAGAGUGGCUCGGGAUCGGGCUCGGGGGGCGGAUCGGGCAAAGACGAUAAGGGGGGCGAAGCUGAAGCUGGAGCCGGAGCUGGGGUAGAGGCCGGCACUGUUACCGCAUCCGAUCCGGAAGGGGCACAAGGCGGCGACAAUGGCACCACCCUGAGGGCACCACACCACGCACGGGCCAUGUCGCCGCAGAGCCUCAACACGGAGAAGGCCUUCUGUCCGGUCUACGUCAUCAACGGCGAAUGAGUUUACGCUCACUUUGAGUUCAUCGACGCGAUGAGCGGGCAUGAGCUCAGUUUUGUCUAGGACUUGCAGAGCCACUGGCAGGAUUAGAAACCACCAUUUUGCAGAUUAGAAACCACCAUCACCCAACCACCUCUAGGAGAAGGAACCACCAAGAAACCACAAACCACAAACCAGAAACCAGAAACCAAAGCGGAUGCAAGUCUAUUUCAUUAAAGUAUUGAAAACAUAUCCGGAAAGUUAAAGGAUAUUAGGAGAGGAUAUUGAGAGAGAAAUCAAAAAACGAGGAACCCCAAAAGCAAUGCCACUAGUACGUAUACGCAAUAAAUAAGCUCACAUUACGUAUACGCCAUAUCGUACUCGCAACUACUUAGAAGAAUCCUCAAAAGUCGAUCUGGGGUUUCCGGGCGAG